AUGGCGACGAGCGACGAUUUGUUCAACAAGUGCAUGAUCUACCUGAAGGAGGACGCGUCCCAGUCCACAGCCAUCUCGCUGGCCAAGGCCAUCCAGGAGGUCAUCGACGACAGGACCAUCGUCCAGAACGCAAGGCCAGUGCUUUGCCGGGUGCAGGCGACCAAGGAGUUCAAGCCCCUUGCUCGUCAGGCCGGGAAGUUUUACGCGCUCUUGGAGAAGUACGGGAUUGACAAAAACACCAUCAGCAUCAAAUUUCAAGUGUACUCGCGCUCAUUUGUGGUACGUUCAGUGGCUUCUUCGAGGCCAGUGCGGAUUGCGACAUGGACGGAGUGA